AUGGGGAAGACACUAGUUUAUCCCAAGAAGGAGUCAAACACCGCCAACCGGUACAAACACAGAGCCACCUAUGACCUCGCUGCAAUCCACUCCAUCAUAAACUCCAGCCAGGUCCUCCAUGUGUCUUUCAACCCGGGUCCCUCAGACCCGUUUCCCGCAAUCUUACCGAUGAUUGGGCAGAUGGCAUCCUUCGACUACCCCUCAGCCGGUAUCGGUGAGCCUUUGGACUGUUACCUUCAUGGCUAUGUCAGUUCACGGAUCAUGAACUUGGCACGCGCGUCAGAGGGCGAUGGAUUGCCCAUCUGCGUGGCAGCUAGUAGAGUGGAUGGAUUGAUUUUAUCUCUCACACCAAACUCUCACAGCUACAACUAUCGCUCUGCCAUUCUCCACGGCUAUGCGAAGCUUGUCACUGACGAAGCUGAGAAGCUUUGGGCCAUGGAGGUUAUCACCAAUUCGGUGCUUGCGGACCGUUGGAAGCACUCUCGCAUCCCACCCGACAAAGCUGAGAUGUCCUCUACUGUUAUUCUCAAGGUUAAAGUUGUCGAUGGUAGCGGCAAGAUUCGCGACGGUGGUGUUUCUGAUGAGAGAAAAGAUACGGAAAAUGCAGAGGUCACAGACCGUGUUUGGACCGGGGUCGUACCUGUCUGGGAGACAUUUGGGCAGCCGGUACCGAGUUCCUCGAACAAAGUUGAAGGGGUACCGGAAUAUGUGACCUCGUACGUCGCGAGCAUGAACGCGCAGAACCGAGACUAUGCAGAGUCCGCGGUGGGAAUUCCUCUUCCUAAAGAAGAAAAACAUUAA